AAAUUUGUACUAUAUUUUGCUCCCAUAAAUUGGCCCAGGCCAAUCUUCCCGUCACAAUGGCUUCGCUGUGCUGAGCUUCCACUAACAACAGAACCUCAGUGUUGCUCCCAGCCUACUUCCCUAGGGACAAAUUCAUGCUCUCCCAAGCAAGGAAGGACUAAAUCCCAGUCCCUGGAACAUGCCCGUCAGCUUUGGUUCAGCUGUAACACAGUCAUUCCACACUGUGCAUCCUGAAUGGAGAAGGAACUCUUCUCUCAGAACUCUGCACAUCUCACAAAAGAGAACCUGAAAGAGAACGAUCAGACACCCACGGACAUCAGAAUGAGUGACAACGCUACUUUGGUUCCUCCAGCUUCAAACCAGGGUCCCACUACCCCAGGCAAGGGGCCCCCCAAGUUCAAGCAGAGACAGACUCGCCUAUUCAAGAGCAAGCCACCUAAGAAAGGUGUGAAAGGGUUUGGAGAUGACAUUCCAGGCAUGGAGGGGCUAGGAACAGAUAUUACGGUGAUUUGUCCCUGGGAGGCAUUCAACCACCUGGAAUUGCAUGAGCUUGCUCAAUUUGGAAUCAUCUGAUGCACCAGAGGUUCUGCCAUCUACAGCAUCUGCUGGAGUUUUGAUUACUUUUGCCCUAUGAUCUGCCAGAGUCUUGAAAUUCAGCAUGGUUCAGAAGUGGUUUCCUCAGCUUACACAAGUCAUUUCCCCUAAAUUGCUACAAAGAGUUCUUAGUGUCGGACUCUCUCUUGCCAUAUAGUUCAGCUUGGAAUAGUGGAUGCAAAUUGACUUUUGUUAGGGCAUUUCAAACUUUACCACACUUUCCUAUCAGCUGGUUAGAAUUCAUUGAUAGUUCUCUGAAUUUUGUUUAUUUGUUAAGUUCUUCAAAUCUAUUUGUAAGUAGACAUUCCCUGUAAUUAGUAGUAGCUUUUUAAGUUAACAUUUAUGUCACUCCCCUCCCUUUCUCAUUUAAUAAAGGAGAUACUUAUCUUGAA